UUAAAUUUUCUAAUAAAAUCAUGGCCCUACGUUUUAGUUUCGUCAACAUUAUCUUAUGCAUUGCUUUGUUAAUAGCUUUAGUGCAAGUUUUUACUAUUUAUGUUUUUUCUUCGAAUUAUAAUUCCGCCUUAGAUGAAAGGACUAGAAAAUCUUUAUAUGAAGAAAAUUUUAUUCAAGAAAAUAAAGAGCAACAGCUUCAAAAGAUUUCAGAUGAUGAUCUCACUGAAUCUAAAAGUCAGCAACAGCUACAAGAAAUAUCAGUAGACGAUAAGUGUGUUAUAAAGCAUAAGGAUGCUAUAUCUGCAAUUAGUAGAGCAAAGACUGAAUCUUGUAGAAAUGAAAUUAAAAAAACUGCAUGCUUAGCUGAGGCGGAUAAUCUUUACUGGACCAAUAUAACUCGACUAUGUCCCGUAGAUCGUUCCAAAGGAAGGCCUGCACAUAGUGUUGAGCCUAAGGAGGAAAUUGGUCCUCCAAUACGUAUUAUGUAUGCAAUGGUUGUUCAUGGUCGUGCAUUUCGACAAGUUCAGCGAUUGUUUAAAGCUCUCUUUCAUACUAAUCAUUACUUUUAUUUUCAUGUAGAUUCAAGAUCAGAUUAUCUUUAUGAGCAAGUUAAAAAGCUUGCAUCACAGUUCAAAAAUGUAGCUGUUGCACCUUGGAGAAUGGCAACCAUUUGGGGCGGUGCGAGUCUGUUGUCAAUGUUGCUUCAAAUGAUGGAGGAUACUUUAAAGAUCAAGGAAUGGAAAUGGGAUUUCUUCAUUAACCUAAGUGCAUCUGAUUAUCCUGUGCAGGAUGAUGAGAAAUUAUGUUCUUUUUUACGAGCACAUCGAGAUGAAAACUUUCUUAAACCACAUGGUGGAGCAGUUGAAAAAUUCAUUCGCAAGCAAGGUAUUUCAAGAACUUUUUUGGAAUGUGAUGAACACAUGUGGCGGUUAGGAGAAAGAAAACUUCCAGAUACUAUUGAUUUUGAUGGGGGGAGUGAUUGGAUAGCUUUAAAUAGAAAGUUUGUUGAUUAUGUUGUUUUCAGUGAAGAUACUUUAGUUUUGGGUUUGAAGCACUUUUAUCGAUAUGCUCUACUCCCUGCUGAGUCAUUUUUUCAUUCUGUGCUGAGAAAUAGUCCUCAUUGUGAAACUUACGCUAAGGGAAAUCUACGUUUAACAAAUUGGAAACGUAAAUUGGGUUGUCGCUGUCAAUACAAACACAUCGUUGACUGGUGUGGUUGUUCUCCAAACGAUUACAAAACUGAAGAUUUUGUACGACUAAAAGGCCAAACAAUAAAUCAUUUUGCUAGAAAAUUUGAACCAAUCAUUAAUCAAGAAAUUAUCAAUAUGUUAGACCAAUGGUUAUAUGGUGAACUGCAUGAUUCGAAAGCUUUAAAUUCUUAUUGGGAAAAUUUGUAUGAUGAAAAAACAGAUAAGGUUGCACAUUUUGAUAUUCCAUUAACCUUUUUACAAUCCUUUGCUCGUAUUGCUUCAAAAUCUUUAUCAGAAUCAAGCCAUUGUCGAUACACUCCGAUUUGGAAAGCAAAGGAAGCAACAUUAUAUAAUUUAAAUGAUAAACUGGAUGGGGUUUUAACAAUUUUUGAUGUCAAAGUUGUAUCAAAUGUUAUUAAAAGAGAUUUUUUAUCAUUAGAGGCAUUUUUUAAACCUAAAGAUACCAUGUUUCUCUACAAUGGAAAUCGAUCUGAACCAGCUAAUAGAUUAAAAGGGCUUAAUAUAGGGACAUCUUGGGACCAAAAAGAACGCAUCUUUCGAAAUAUUGCUGGCCUGAUAGGUCCAGAUGAUAACCCGACUCUUGUGCAUCGGUGGGUCCAUGGUGAGGAAUUUCAUGUUAGAAUAGUUUGGCAAGAUCCUUUGAAUGUUAUUGCAGGUAUGUAUCAAAUGAAAGUGGAAAAGAAUUGGGUCAUUUCGUUUCAUAAGCCAACUUUCAAUAAGCCUCUUAGACCUGGCACAUGGGUGGUAAAAAUUAUGUAUAACGAUGAUGAGGUUUUAGGAGAAGUAAAAUUUCUUGUAAUACCGCAAGCUUAUUUUGAGGGCAAACCGGCACAACUAGAAGAUGUUAUUGCAUCUAAUAAUGGUCCCCCAGCUGGACUUUAUUCAAGUGAUUUUGUUAUAGAGUUUGACCGAGAUGCGAAUAACACACUAGAGCGUGUGAAAGAGUUUAGUGAAAAAGCUACAAGCACAAGCUUUGAGUUGGAAAACUGGAUUGAUAAAAAUAUUUUAAAUCAUUGGGAUCUUGAGGCCAUAUGUUCUAUUAAUAACAUCCCUUUUAAAACAUGUGGAAAUAUAGAUUUGUGUUCGGAAACCACAUGGAGUUCAAAAUCGCCGGAUCCGAAAUCUGAAAUUGGCAAAAUAAAACCAAGCGGGCGUUUAAGGUGAAAAAGUAUUAGUUUAAAUAAAUUGCGAAUGCAUUAUUUUCAUAGCGUUUUUUUAAAAAUAUUUUAAAUUCAAAAAGCUUCUAAAUUUUUUGUAUAAAAUAUUUACAAGAUAUUUGAAAAGUGUUUUUUUAUGAACUUGUUUUAUUCCUAAUUUAAAAAAAAAAGUU